ACGUAUAUAAGGCUGAGUCAAAUAACUCGAUCAAUAUCAGUAACUUCAGUUCUUUUAACUUCUAAACAACAAUGUAUCAGUUGAUUACCGUCAUCGUUUUAGUCCUUUCUGGAGCUAUUGCCCAACUGAACUUACCCAAAACACCUGGCUAUUCUACUGCCCGACCGAAACCAUAUCCUACACCUGGUUACGAGCCCAUGAUGCCAUACAGCUUUAGCUAUGCUGUCGUCGACGGUCCAAGUUACAAUAACUUUGGCCAUCAGGAGACGGCCGAUACGAAAGCCGUGACUGGAUCUUACCGUGUAGCGUUGCCCGAUGGUCGUACGCAAAUCGUGACGUACAAGGCGGACGAAAAUGGAUACGUCGCUGAUGUCAAGUACGAAGGAAAGGCCACGUAUCCCGAAAACAAACCAUCUUACCCGCCGAAUUAUAAGCCGGCCUACAAGCCGGCCUAUCAACCGGCACCGCCCAAGAAUUACAAACCUUGAGUGUCUUGGAAAAAUUUCAAAUUCUUCGUACAUAGAGUUUAAAGAAAAACCCUUGUUGUUGUUGGUUUACGAGUAUUUCCAGUUGAAAUAGAGUUGGGAGAACUCAUUGUGUGACUUCCUAGGGAAAAUUGUUCUGCAAGCAGAUUGAUAAAUUCAUAAAAAAAUAUAACUGAAAGAAACAUA